GCCCGGCUCCUCCCGCGCCGCCCGGGCGAUGAGAAGCUGCUUCUGCGUGAGACGGAGCCGGGACCCUCCACCGCCGCCGCCGCCGCCGCCGCCGCCCCAGCGGGGAACAAACCAAGCCACCAUGCCUGAAGUCAAAGACCUUUCAGAAGCCUUGCCAGAGACGCCGAUGGACCCCAUUACAGGAGUUGGGGUGGUGGCCUCCCGGAACCGAGCCCCGACAGGCUAUGACGUAGUUGCACAGACAGCAGAUGGCGUGGAUGCUGACCUCUGGAAAGACGGCUUAUUCAAGUCCAAGGUUACCAGAUACCUGUGUUUCACAAGAUCAUUUUCCAAAGAAAAUAGUCAUCUGGGGAAUGUGUUAGUGGACAUGAAACUCAUCGACAUCAAGGACACACUGCCUGUGGGCUUCAUCCCAAUUCAGGAGACGGUGGAUACACAGGAGGUGGCUUUUAGAAAGAAGAGGCUCUGCAUUAAAUUCAUUCCACGGGAUUCAACUGAAGCUGCCAUCUGUGACAUUCGGAUUAUGGGCCGCACCAAGCAGGCACCCCCCCAGUACACAUUUAUUGGGGAACUGAACAGCAUGGGCAUCUGGUAUCGCAUGGGCAGAGUGCCAAGAAAUCACGACUCAUCUCAACCCACCACGCCCUCACAGUCAUCAGCUGCUUCCACCCCAGCCCCCAACCUUCCCAGGCACAUCUCUCUAACACUGCCAGCCACCUUCCGAGGCAGGAAUAGCACCCGGACAGACUACGAGUACCAGCAUUCCAAUUUGUAUGCCAUAUCAGCAAUGGAUGGUGUGCCUUUUAUGAUUUCAGAGAAGUUUUCCUGUGUUCCAGAAAGUAUGCAGCCCUUUGACCUCUUGGGAAUCACCAUCAAGUCUCUAGCAGAGAUUGAAAAAGAGUACGAGUACAGCUUCCGCACGGAGCAGAGCGCGGCUGCCCGGCUCCCACCCAGCCCCACCAGGUGCCAGCAGACCCCUCAGUCCUGAGAACACUGCAGCCUUCCAGGGAAGAAGAUGCCUCCCGCCUGGUGCCAGACUACUGAUGGAGUGCCUAAGGAGCAGGUCACUCCUCCCUCACCUGCCCUCCCACCCUGAACCCUCCCGCUCUGCAUAAGCUCGCUCCACUGCCCUGAAGACUCUGGGCAGCUGAGUGGUCACAUCUAAUCAUCGGCUUGCCUGACGGGACUCCCCAGCUUCCCUGGGGACAUUGUUCAUCAUGAUGACUAAUCUAUGUGUGUUGUAGUGACCAGCAGCUCCUAGCGUGUCUGUGUGAUGACCACUUACCCCACAAAAACCUUAACCACCCAGAGUCACCCCUGAGGGCCCAAGAAGUUGCUCUGGCUGCCCAAUGAUGCCCACUGGCUCUCCUCCUACUGACCAUCACCUGCCACAGAACUCCCACAAAGCCAUUAUCUCCUUCCUGGAAGACCCACUUCACAAAAAACCCUGCAGGACACACUGAUCACCUCUGACCUGCCUGGGAACAUGUCCCUGUGACUGACGGGCUCCAGUGACCCUGAGAAAAGGAGCCAGCAGGCCCUGAGGCAGACCCCACUCCACUAUGGACAACUGUGGACUCUUCCCCCAGUUCACACACUGGACACCAGAGACCACAGAGAUGAAACUUCACUUUCUGUGGAAGUCAGUGAGUGCUGAACACAAACUUGACUAUGGGACCACAGUGCUUGUGCCCACGUCCCCAUCCCCUCAAAGGGCUCAUCCGUGGAAAACCACCUGCCAGCAACAGCUCUGCCUGCCUCCGCCUGGUGCCCUGACCUGGUGACACAGGGUGUGCCCUGAGAGUCACAGCACCCGGCCCUGAGGGACACUGGCCAAGGGUGCCAACUGCUCUGCCGGGCCAGUUCCACUCACCAUGCGUCUGUCAACAGGAACGAGUUGUACUGAAGCUCCCCUCUGACCCAGGUCUCUGAAUUUGGGUCAGAACCAACAUUUCUCCACAAGCAUCCAUCAGAUACCGAGUGUCACCCCUCAUGUGCCGUCAGGAGAACAGUGCUUGUUGCUUCCCCGGCAGUUGGGCCUCACCCUGUGCUCUGCUCUGCCAGGACUGGCUCGUAGCUUCAUCUGGCGUGUGAAGGUGUGCCAAAUGCUCAGUGGCUGGAGUGCAGGCGGGCUGUGGGUGGCAGUUGCAUCAACUGGUACAGACCCCCUCAGCUGCAGUUCCAGAGAUUCGCUACCCACUGUCAGGUGGUCAGAGUCCCGAAAGAGCAGGAGACGCCAGCAGGAUGGUCAAGACCCGGGGCAGAGCCAACAGUACCUCACAACCUGCACCACACUGGCCUCCCGACUGCAGACCCUCCUACGUUUACUGGACCGACCCUUCCUCAGUCAGCCCUCAUCUCCAUGUGGUGCUUCUUCGUUCCUGUAUGCUAGGAAUGGUCACUUUGCUCCCUACCCAAGACCCGAAGACACCUUACGGGGGUGGCAUCAGUCCCCUACUCCAAGGCCCCUCAUUCUCCAAACAGCAGGAAAAUGCAGUAAGCUCAUCUGCCAGCACCUGAGAGGCCCAUGCAAUCCAGAUGUGGGCCUCUGACAGGAUCUACAGGCAAGCUGGCACUUGAAGAGAGAGCUUUGAACUGACCAUGGCCAUCUCCACAAGAUGCCAGGCAGCCCUGAGGACUGGUAUCUACCUACAACUGCUUUUAUUUUUUUUUUGGUGGUGGCUGGUCUAACACUAAGUGGCCUGUGUGACUUGAGGCCCAAAAGAGAGGGGUGACUACCAGUGGGCUGAAGGGACGGUGGGAGAGUGGAGGGCAGAGCUCUGAGCAUCACACUGUCCUUCACCACUUCCCGUGUCCAGUGAUGAGAUCCCCAGGAACACUGGGCGGCCACCUCCUCUCCCUUGGUGGAGGAUGUGACUGUUGAGCAGCUCUUAAGGGACCCAAAGGCUCACAGACAGCGUCGACGAGAGACACCUUGCUAGUGAUCAAAAGACUGCGGCAGGGAGUCCCUGGAGAAAGGAAGGGGCAAACCGCACACACCGGCAAGCUGGACAGACUUCAGAGGCUCCGCCGGCUUAGUUUAAGAGUAGCCUUGACUGUGAGCGCUGUAGUAGCAGCUUGAGCUAAUGCCGAGGACCAGCUGUGGCGGCCGUGGUGGGUUUUAGGCUGCCCUCAACUUACCUCCUGACCGGUAGAGGAGGGGAGCGAGCGCGUGUGCGUGUGUGUUAGUGUGUGCGUCUGCCCACCCUGUGUGAGGCUGGUACGGACCCAGAGAGGUGGGCUCUGGCUUACGCCUAGAGCUGAUGAGCAUUUUGUGUAUUUAGGGAGCACUUUUCUCCCACCUCCCUUCUGGCCACUGUGGGAAGCACAAGGAUUCUAUGGGUCAACAUGUCUCACAGCUGCCGCUGUCCCUCCUGAAAAGACUAACCAGAGCACAGUUUCCCCAUCUUUAUCCCCACCACACUUCCUGUUCUGAAAACUCAGGCCCUUUAAGGGUCUGAAAUGGAAAUGGCACACAAGUGAUAAGUGGUAGGAGGUUUACCUUCAGAUUUAAGUCCUUUUUUCCCAUCCCAAGUCCAAGCACUCCUUCCAGCCCCAUUCUCCACCACUUGGAGAGCUGAGACCCCCACCCAGGAAAGAAAGACCAGGUUAGGGCCGAGCCUGCCCUUACUAGUGGUCAAAGGUGUGUGGCUACUUGCUAGCCAAGGUCACGUUUCAUGGGAAGCCAGGGACUCUAGUUGGUAGCCUGUCAGUCAGAAGGCCGUGAGGACGAGGGGACCAGCAUACUGAACACCGCCCCUCCCCAGGCACCAGGCCUGGCUGUCUAAGCACAUGUCCCUGUCAUUUACCCCACACAAGCUCCGCAGUGGGUGCCUUUGGCUCCCUGUCAAAGAUGCGGAAUCUGAGACAUGUGCAUAGGACAAGCCAGCAGCGGCCUAGGUGGGACCUGGACCUGCCACCCUGUCCUAAGAUGCGCCUCAACCCAGUGAUGGACCUUGUGCUGCCGCCAGGCCCUCUCUGCCGGUCACCGCACUGCUGCAGCAGGCACUGACCAUGGCUCAGGUUGGGUGCUCAUCUGCCCUGGGCCCUCCCCUCAACUGAGCCCCCCCCCCAUUCUUCCAGCUUGUGGCUGCCUUGCCACAUGUAGGGACUCCUGGCCAGGGAAAAGGGUAGAGGAGAGUUUUGACAAGCAGCUAUCAAGCCACACAGAGCUGAAUUUAUGAAUUCAGUUGGUAUCCACAGUCCCUGAUGCCCGAAGAGGAGGCCAGACACCUUGCUCCUGCCCCCAGGCCCUCUCUCAGGCAGCCUGGCACCUCAGACGAGCCCAGCAUUCUUCACCUGCUCUGGGGGCAUUUCCAGCUGCCACCUCAAGAGACCUGGUUUUGUCUCCUGGCAAAGGAGCAAGAGCUGCUGGCCAGUGUGUGGAGCUCGGAGAAGACCGAGGGAAGGCCUCCUUCCUGUGUAUUUAUUCAAGGUGACUGCUUGGCAAAGGGAAGUUUCACUGUGUGAUUGUCUGUAUUCUUAAUAUAAUUUGUUAAAUAAACGUUUGUUUUAACCUC